CAGAAAAGUAAGAUCGGUCAAGGUCGAGUUUGUUAUGCAAAGCUGUGUUUUUAGUUUUAUACAAUAAGAUUUAUGAAAAUGGCAGCCCUUCGACAACUUGUAAAACUUGUAACAGCUGAUAAACUGGCACCGGUAUCGACCGUCUGUCAACGUUUAGCAUCCAGCUCUGCAGAAAGAAAAGUAGAGUCAGCACAUAAAGUGGAAACAGCCCAGUUCAACUGGAAGGAUGCAUUAAACCUAGAGAGUCAGCUGACAGAAGAGGAGAAGAUGGUGAGAGACCAGUUCAAACAGUACUGUGAUGAUAAGCUUAUGCCCAGAAUCAUCAUGGCCAACAGAAAUGAAGUAUUUCAUCCUGAGAUAAUGCGAGAGAUGGGAGAGGUUGGGGUGCUAGGUGCUACAAUAGAAGGCUAUGGUUGUGCCGGAGUUUCUUCAGUCGCAUAUGGUCUCAUUGCUAGAGAAUGUGAAAGGGUAGACAGUAGUUACAGAUCAUGUAUGAGUGUACAGUCUUCUCUGGUCAUGCAUCCAAUAAAUGCUUACGGUACAGAGGAACACAGACAGAAAUACCUCCCAAAACUUGCAACUGGAGAAUUGAUAGGAUGUUUCGGCCUCACUGAACCAAAUCAUGGAAGUGACCCAUCAUCUAUGGAGACAAAUGCUGUUUACAAUGAUUCUGCCAAAACUUACACACUAAAUGGAUCCAAGUCAUGGAUUACUAAUUCUCCAAUAGCAGAUGUAUUUAUUGUGUGGGCGAAAAAUAAAGCCGAAAAUAACAGAAUAAGAGGGUUUAUACUGGAGAAGGGGAUGAAAGGAUUAUCUGCACCAAAGAUAGAAGGGAAAUUUUCAUUGCGAGCCAGUAUUACUGGACAAAUUGUUAUGGAAGAUGUGGAAGUACCAGAAGAGAACAUGAUACCUAAUGUCAGUGGACUAGCUGGUCCUUUCGGUUGUUUGAACAAUGCUCGUUAUGGUAUAGCAUGGGGAACUCUAGGUGCUGCCGAGUUUUGCCUUGAUUAUGCCAGACAGUACACAUUGGACAGGAAGCAGUUUGGCAGACCACUUGCCAAGAAUCAGCUGAUGCAGAAGAAAAUGGCUGACAUGUUGACAGAAAUCUCAAUAGCAUUACAGGCCUGUCUGCAGGCAGGCAGACUGAAGGAUGCAGGACAGAUUACACCCGAGAUGAUUUCUAUGAUCAAGAGAAACUCGUGCGGUAAAGCUUUAGACAUUGCACGUACUGCACGAGAUAUGCUGGGAGGAAAUGGAAUCUGCGAUGAGUACCAUGUCAUACGGCAUGUCAUGAAUCUUGAGGCAGUCAAUACAUAUGAAGGUACACAUGAUAUCCAUGCGUUGAUCCUUGGACGUGCAAUCACGGGUCUGCAGGCAUUUACAGCUGAUAAAUGAGAUUAUAUACCAUUGACAGAUCUGGCUACUGUGAUAUUUAUUCAAGGCUCACCGCAUCAGGCACAGAGCCACACUCUCAUAAGAUAGAAGGCAUUUUGUCAUAACAUUGUGUUACUCAUUUUUCGGUUUGAAAAAUGUAAAUAAAAAAUUCAUGCUCACAGAACUAAAAACAGUGGCCUUUAAUUUUCUGCGAAGCUGCGUUUCUGUAUAGCUACUAGAAAACAUACUGUUUUGAAAUUAAUGGUCUUGAUCGGAAGACUGUUGUGAGAAAUAAUGAUAUUAAAAACACUGGAUACCCAAUUUACGGGGCAUAAUCGGAAGUCAUUUUGUGUGAAUAUCUCGCAUCAUCACAUUUUAAAAAGAAACUUUCUGAGAGCAUCUGUUCCUAUUUAAGUUUGUUGCUGUUUUGUUUCUGAUUUUUGAACUGUUCAUUGUAAGUUCUAGGCACUGCACUUUGUGAAUAUCAUACAAGUAUGUAAAUGUCAUACAAUUACUAACCCUUCUGAAAUUAUACAUGGUUUUCCUGCAUGUAUAUAUGCAUCUAAGAGAAGUUUUACAAGCAGAUAUCUGUUACUGAUUUUCAGUUGCUAAGGUGAUAAGCAAAAAAGGUUGAUAUUUUCCACCGUCAUAAUCAAUAUUAGCAUUAAUUUUUUUUUUUGUCUUCAGUUGAUGAUUUCUCUUACAAUGUAUUCAUUUUUUGUUUGUCUGGUCAUUUUUUUGGUAUCAGUUUGCAGUGGUUAUGAAAAAAAAAAUGUUUGAACAUUUAUGUAUAAGUGAUUGAGAUUUUUGUAAACAAGAAUUAAAGUUACUACAGUAUUAUCAUAUUUUGCAACAGUGUCAGUGAAUUGGCUAGGGGAAUUCUGAAGAUUGGUUGGUGAAAAAUAUAAUUUUAACCAUAAGCCUGCUGGCGGCAAGUGAUUUUGCCUUUGCAACCAGUGCAGACCAAGAUCAGCCUGCAUGGAUGUGCAGGCUGAUCAUGGUCUACACUGUUCUCUAUUCAAUCAGUAAAUUUUCAGUGAAAACCCCUUUGAAAAAUAAGUGGUACUCCCCAGAUUGAAUGAUGGAUCAGUCCAUUUUAGAAAUAUAGCAGGGUAAAUUUUAAGUCAGGCAAAAGUCAGCGGAAAAUGAUAAGAAGUUUCCUGGAUAAAAUUAAAGAUUUUAGAUGAAGAUAUCUUAUUGUCUAAAAUAAAUUGGGCUUCGCUCACAGUAUUUGGGCAUUAUUUACUAUACAUUUAUGUAUCUUCUAUUCUUCAUAUAAACAAAUUUGUGGGUUUCACUCUUCAGAUGUUUUAACUGGAAAAAGGAAUUAGGAUAAACAGUACAUAUAUGAAUUGGCUGGCUGAAGAGUGGAAUUGGUCAGUGAAAAUCAUGAUAUGUUCAAUGAAAAAAUCAGGGAAUUUUAAUUGGCAUUGAUCGAAGCCUUGACUAUCUCUGUAAUUUUUCUUUACAAUUUCAAACAAGCCCAAAAGCCAUUUUCAUAAAGGUAUAUAAAACCUCAUAAAUUUAUAUUUUUUUGAAUAUAGAUAUUUAUGAUACUGUAAUUCAAAAGUUCUAGUCAUCUAUAGAUGUGACAAACACUGUGGCUACUUGUACAGAUAUAAAAAAACAACUUACUUUGAUAUUUUUAGUGUUAAGGCUUUGACUAACUUUUGCAAAGGAAAUGUACAAAUGAAUUCUAAAUAAACUUCGAAACAUUU